AUGGAUCCCUCAUCUCCCUGCUGUGAAGAUUAUUCCAAGAUCAAAUUCCCUAAGAGCAUCGUGAAGGCUUAUUUCUACACCAGCGGCAACUGUCGUCUGUCUUCUGUAGUGUAAGUUUCCACAUCAGGGCAAAAACCAAGAGGCCAGCUGGAUAACAUGUUUCAAAGGGUAGAAGGUGAAGUGAGGCUUAAGCACUUGGGGGACAGAUUGAGAAAAUCAUGAGAGUAGAUCACAGAAAAAUGGAGAAAUUGUCACUCGGGAGAAGAGAUAGGCUGUGACUAUUUUCCAGUCUUAAACUCAGUUCCUCCUCUUUAAAUUUAAGUUCUUCCUCCUCUCUUGCACUCAGAAGGAGCCAGCCACUGAAGCCGUGCCACACUCAGUCUCGUGCUCAGCCUCCUCCUCUGCCCCCUGCCAACAGAUAUUGAAUAGGGCAAAGACAGAGCCAGCACCCCAGUGGGCCUAUUCAUUUGGGAAGCAUGGAUUUGAUGGGAUCACAUUAAGACUGCGGUCAGAAGCAAUUUCUUUUCCAUCUCUAUAUCCUGCUGAGGACACAGGGUCCAUGGCAAGGUUGAUCCUGGUGCCUUUUGACAUGGGAAGCGGGCUGCCUGCCUUUUUCUCCAGACCCAAGAGAAGUGGGGUCCUCAGGCUAGUGGAGAAUCAAAAGGGCACAUUCAGUGACACAUGGUGAAUGCCUGUUUCUUUCUCUGACAGGUUUGUAUUCAAGAAUGGAAAAACAGGCUGUGCUGACCCAAAUGCUCAGUGGGCCAGGGAUCUUAUGGAAUACAUUGACAGCAUUAAGCAUUCCCCCAGCUCAAGACCCACAACUGUGCCUAUCCCCAGUGCAUAG